AUGGAGUCCAUGCUGAAUAAAUUGAAGAGCACCGUUACAAAGGUAACGGCUGAUGUCACCAGUGCAGUCAUGGGAAAUCCUGUCACCAGGGAAUUUGAUGUUGGCCGACAUAUUGCCAGUGGUGGGAAUGGUCUUGCAUGGAAGAUAUUUAAUGGAACCAAAAAAUCAACAAAACAGGAAGUGGCUGUUUUUGUCUUUGAUAAGAAGCUAAUAGACAAGUACCAAAAGUUUGAAAAGGAUCAGAUUAUUGAUUCUCUAAAACGAGGUGUUCAACAGCUCACCAGGCUUCGACACCCUCGACUGCUUACUGUUCAACAUCCACUGGAAGAAUCCAGGGAUUGCUUAGCAUUUUGUACAGAACCAGUCUGUGCAAGUUUGGCUAACGUUCUUGGCAGCUGGGACAACCUACCUUCUCCAGUGCCAUCUGACAUUAAAGAGUAUAAACUUUAUGAUGUGGAGACUAAAUAUGGUUUGCUUCAGGUUUCUGAAGGCUUGUCAUUUUUGCAUAGCAGUGUCAAAAUGGUCCAUGGAAAUAUUACUCCUGAAAAUAUCAUUUUAAAUAAGAGUGGAGCAUGGAAAAUUAUGGGCUUUGAUUUUUGUAUCCAGUCAACAAAUCCAUCUGAACAGGAGCCAAAGUUCCCUUGUAAGGAAUGGGAUCCCAACUUACCAUCCUUAUGUCUUCCAAAUCCUGAGUAUCUGGCACCAGAAUAUAUUCUCUCUGUGAGCUGCGAGACAGCCAGUGAUAUGUACUCUCUAGGAGCUGUUAUGUAUGCAGUGUUCAAUAAAGGGAAGCCAAUUUUUGAGGUCAACAAGCAGGAUAUUUAUAAAAGCUUUAGUAGACAGCUGGAUCAGCUGAGCCGUUUAAACUCCAGUGCUCUUCAGAAUAUACCAGAGGAGGUGCGUGAACAUGUAAAGCUACUCCUAAAUGUAGCUCCAGCAGUCAGACCAGAUGCAGAUCAGAUGACUAAGAUACCGUUCUUUGAUGACGUAGGAGCAAUGACACUUCAAUAUUUUGAUUCAUUAUUCCAAAGGGAUAACCUUCAGAAAUCACAGUUUUUUAAAGGGCUGCCAAAGGUUCUGCCAAAACUACCUAAGCGUGUUAUAAUUCAGCGAAUUUUGCCUUGCUUGACUGCUGAAUUUGUGAAUCCUGAUAUGGUACCCUUUGUCUUGCCCAAUGUUCUCCUAAUUGCUGAAGAGUGCACCAAAGAAGAAUAUGUCAGGCUCGUUUUGCCUGAUCUUGGUCCUGUUUUUAAGCAGCAAGAACCAAUCCAGGCAAGCAACAUGAUCUUGUUGAUCUUCUUGCAAAAAAUGGACUUGCUUCUAACCAAAACUCCACCAGAUGAAAUCAAGAACAGUGUUCUACCAAUGGUUUAUAGAGCCUUGGAAGCACCUUCAAUUCAGAUCCAGGAGCUUUGCCUAAACAUAAUUCCCACGUUUGCCAAUUUAAUAGAUUACCCAUCAAUGAAAAAUUCAUUAAUUCCAAGAAUUAAAAAUGCAUGUUUGCAAACUUCUUCUCUUGCUGUCCGGGUAAACUCACUAGUGUGCUUAGGCAAGAUUUUGGAGUACUUGGAUAAAUGGUUUGUACUUGAUGAUAUUUUACCUUUCCUACAACAAAUUCCAUCCAAGGAACCAGCAGUGCUAAUGGGAAUUUUAGGUAUUUACAAAUGCACAUUUACACAUAAGAAGUUGGGAAUUACCAAAGAACAGCUCGCAGGAAAAGUAUUGCCCCAUCUGAUUCCUCUUAGUAUUGAGAACAAUCUUAAUCUCAAUCAGUUCAAUUCUUUUAUUUGUGUCAUAAAAGAUAUGCUUAAUAGAUUGGAGGCAGAACAUAAAACAAAACUUGAGCAACUUCAUGUCAUGCAAGAGCAACAGAAAUCUUUGGAUAUAGCUAACCAAAUGAAUGUGUCUGAAGAGGCAAGAUCUAAUAGUACAAGUAAUCAGAUUGACAAAGUAUUUAAUACUGGUGGAACUGACCUUCUAACUAGUGGAUCUGAAAGUAAAGAGAAUGAGAUGUCCUCAAAACAGAAAAAGGCAUCACUUACACUUGAGGAGAAGCAGAAGUUAGCUAAAGAGCAAGAACAGGCACAGCAACUGAAAAGUCAGCAACCUCUUAAACCACAGGCAACAGCAAUAACACCUCCAGUGAAACAGACUAAGGACUUGACAGAUACCUUGAUAGAUAACAUGUCAUCUUUGACUAGCCAUUCUAUCAACAAAGCCUCUUCAACCAGCUUCUCUUCUGUCCCUCCUAUGGCUGUUGGAAUGGGAUUUUCAUCACCUAUUGACAACACAAAGAGAAACGUAACAAAUGGACUGAAUACUAGCAUGGGUUUUCAAACUGCUGGAUUCACUAUGGGAGCUGGUCCCACCACUCAGAAUUUCUUCAGUGGUCCAAGUGCAACAGGAACAACGAAAAUGAACGUUGUACCAUCUGCCAGUAUGCCAAAUUACAGUCCUAUGAAUGCUGCCUCUGCAAUCUCUCCAUUGACACAACAGAACAGACCCCCAGAUAUGUCUGCUUUAGAUAAUCUUUUUGGUCCUCAAAAACCCAAAGUUAGUAUGAAACAGUUGGCUCAACAGAAAUCAAGCCAGUGGGUUAAUCAGUUUGUACCCCCACAGGGGUCCCCAGUUGCGAGCAGUUCAGUUUUGGGACCUCAGAUGAACAUGAUAGGACAGCCUGGCUUUGGUAUACAGGGUAAUCCUUUCUUUGCUCCUCAGAACUUUGCACAACCGGCAAACACAAUGGCAAACAGCAGCUCAGCUAGUAAUGACUUAAAAGAUCUUUUUGGGUAA